GUGAAUAAAACUUGAAGGUAACGAGUGCACCUUAAAUUUCUUGGAGAAGAGUCCACCAGAUAUUUUCUUUUUCCUUUCACCAUGUUUUCAAAUUCAGACAUAGAAGAAAAAUGCAAACCUUGAGAACUCUCAUCUCUUCAUUGAAAAUCCGAUCCGCAGCGCCUCCCAGUAUCCUUAAACGAAGAUUCCACUCUACCAGUUAUAGGUCAAACAGACAGAGAGAUGCUUCUCUUUUAUCUGGUCAACAUCAAAGUUCAGCCUCAAGUUCAUGGAGAUAUUAUAUAUUACCUGGGGCUCUCUUCGGGGGAGUUGGAGGAUUAAUUCUAUUUUUGCAUAACAAUGAUGAACGGAGAGCGAUCCCUAAAGGUCAGGGUGUGAAAUUUGAAAGAAGUUCAAAUCAAGGACCAAUUAUCGGCGGUCCAUUCAGUUUAUUUAACACUGAGGGUAAAUUGGUAACUGAACAGAACUUCCUGGGAAACUGGGUUCUUAUCUGUUUUGGUUACACAAGUUCUCCUGAAGUCGGACCAGCUGUGGUCAGGAAGAUGGCUAGAGCCGUGGCUUUACUAGAAAAAUCAAAACCGGAUCUAAAGGUUCUUCCGGUAUUUGUUACUAUUGAUCCUCAGCGUGAUACCCCUUCUCAACUUCGUUUUUAUCUUGAAGAGUUCGAUCCAAGAAUAGUGGGAUUAACUGGACCAGCAUCUGCAAUAAGGCAGAUAACACAAGAAUACAGGGUGUUCAUUAAGAGGGUUGAUGAAGAAGAUGAUUAUCUGAUUGAAACUUCUGACAACCUGUACCUGUUGAAUCCAAAAAUGGAAGUUGUGAGAUGUUUCGGAGGGGAGUACUACAAUGCAGAGCUGCUCGCUGAUGAAAUUGACAGAGUGGUGAGGAAAGUUGGAGUGUAGUAAUGAAUCCUUUAUAUGGGCAAGAUAAUAUGAGGAGUAACUAAGUGCUUCACUAUCAAUGCAACAUUUUUUACAGCGCAGAGUAUUACGGAGCACAUAUUUACAUAUACUUCUCUUUCCGAUGAUUCACUUUGCAUGCAUGUGAAGGGGUCAUGAAAAUGAUAUACCCACUUUGUGUCCUUUCUAAGAAUGGCACUGAUCAAUUUCAAUUAGUUUUGCCUCUUCCGUCCUGUGAAAUCAAAUGCACAAGACUGCACGUUGAGA